UAUAUAAUGUUUAGAUCCGAUAUCGAUCCAAACUCCGGUGAGCAAAUUAUCGAUAUGCAAAACGUGUGCAUUUUUGUUUUAGCGAUACUUUUUUGUCAAGUUGCGCCUGAUUCUGAUCAUGGAGAUGCGGUUAUAAAUUAUACAUCCGAAGACUUUGAUGCUGCUUUAGAACAAUCUAAACUGUUCGUGAUGUUUUAUGCGCCUUGGUGUGGCCAUUGCAAAAGAUUGUCACCAACAUGGAAUGAGUUGGCAAAAUUAUACAACCCAUUGUUGGAUCAAACUCUUAUCAUUGGGAAGGUGGAUUGUACUGUGGAAACAGCCCUUUGUGCCAAACAUGAAAUCACUGGAUAUCCCACACUGAAGUUCUUCCAUGACAAGUACUCCGAAGUUGUUCGUUACAAGUCUGCCAGAGAUAUACAGUCACUCAAUAACUUCAUAGAGGAGCAGCUAUCAAAUUCCCCUGAAAAACCGGAGGCCAAAGUUUCCACAGGAGGGCUGUUUGACCUCACCGAUGACUCCUUCCCCAAACACAUCGAAACAGGCAGCCACUUCAUUAAAUUUUAUGCCCCCUGGUGUGGACACUGCAAGCGACUGGCCCCCACGUGGGAGGAUCUGGCCAUGCAGUAUGUGGGUCAGGAGGAUGUGUCUGUUGCCAAGGUUGACUGUACAAUUCAUAGAGCUACAUGUGACUCCUAUGGCGUGAGAAGUUACCCAACAUUGUUGUUCUUCAGAAAUGGAGAAAAGGUGGAUGAAUACCAGGGAGGAAGAAGCCUGGAAGAACUGCAGGGAUACAUGGAUACCCAGCUGGCUGUCAUAAAUGUCAACGCUGACCGCACUGAUGAGAAAAUCCCAGAGAAUGUACAAGUAGAAGAGGAGAAACCUCAGGAAAACCUGGGAGCCAUCUUUGAGCUGGAGGCUGACACCUUCACAGCUGGCAUCAGUGAAGGAUUCACUUUUGUCAAGUUCUAUGCACCCUGGUGUGGCCAUUGCAAGAGACUUGCUCCUACUUGGGAAGAACUGUCCAAGGAAAUGGCUCACUACCCUGUGGUGACCAUUGCCAAAGUGGACUGUACUUUCAGUACAAAUAUCUGUAAAGAAAACGGAGUUAAAGGAUAUCCUACAUUGAUCCUCUUCAAGGAUGGACAGAAGGUUACAGAGUACACAGGAAGUCGCGACCUUGGUGACCUUGUAGAGUUCAUGCUUGAACAUAUCCCACAGGAAGUUCACGAUGAGCUGUAACCAUAGCAACCGGAUGUAAAGUAACCUGAACAAAACUUAUGAUAUGUUUGAAAUUUUUAAUGGAGAUAAAAAUUUUCUUGUUGUUUUCAAGUAACUUAUUCUUUUUAGUACACAGUCCCAAUGUAAAUGAUUGAAUGCUGUUUUAUUCAAUAUUUCAUUUCACAUUCCCUGUCUUAUUGUGGAUGUGACCGUCCAGUCAGAUCAGGGUUGGUUUAACUCUUGCAGAAAACAAAUUACAUGUAUUAUUUUUGAGUACUUCAUAUUCAAUAAGCAGGAUUUUUUAAAAAAAAAUCUUGAUCAAUAUUAAUUUUACGGCAUUUAAUUGCAACUAUAUCAAUCGUUUUAGGUUGUGUGUGUUUUUUAAAGUCCACACUUCAUUAGAUGUGUUGAACAUUCAAUAAAAUAAUAAUUUAAUGUUACCUAGACAAGCACAAACUUCUCAAAUUUUUUUGUCAAUGAAUUUUUUGAAAAUGAUAAAGUACGACAAAAAUCCUUAAUAUCAUUUGAUUUUAAAUCUAAUAUUGAAAUCAUAAGUGGGAAUGUAAUUGAUGUGUUGUUUAUUUUAUAUACAUCAUGGCUUGUAAUACGGGUGCAGUGUUUUCCUCUGAUGUCUUGUAUACAUGCAUGUAAUGGUAGUCUAUAGUCACAAAUACUUUGCACCAUGGGUCUAGUUGCCUUGGGGUGUUUUUUUUCUCAUUCAUGUAUAUGAUGCAAUAAUGGUCAUUUGUUCCAUUUUUUAAAAGGUGUGUCUAGUUUAGUUCAGAUGAAUGAAUAGGUGAUGUUAAGCAACAACAUGUAAUUGGUAUUAUUAGCAUGAAUCUGGGAGUUCUUUCUUUGAGUGUUAUCUGUAGUGGGUUGUUUAAAGUGAAUGAAAUGAUUUGCAUCUAGUCUUGUACACUAUAUAGAAUAUGAUUGCAUGGGUUAAAAUUGGUGGUGUAUGUUGUAAAAAAAUAUUUAGUUCUUUUGGUGAACAUAUCUUUUAAACAUUAAAUUUGUUUUUGCUACAUCAUUUUGACCAUAUGGGUAGCCUUUCAGUACACCUUGGUGUCAAAGCAUAAUACAUAUUAAUUGAAAUCAUAUGACAGAAUGUAUGGGUGCCAUGUUUUCCUACUCACAUGUUUAUAGAAGAUGCAUCACAAAUUAUCUAUUUCAUAAUAAGAAACCUGAUAAUCACAUUUUGUCCAUCUGAAUGUCUCUAGUUUUUAGUACAUGUAUAAUUUAUAUGUAAAUUUUUGUUGGCAUUAUUUGAAACAUCCUUGUAAUUUAUUCAAAACUUAACACGUGUUCCUGUUUUCACAUCAAAGAAGGCAUUAAUUUUGCAUCAUGGUUGAUCUUUUAAAUUUUUUUAAUAUGUUUGUGCUACAUAACAUACCCUAGAUGGAUUUUCUACUACAAACAGCCAAGGAUACAAAUUAAUUUGGCACCAUUUUGUGCUGCGGGUUUAUGUUUCAAUAGUCAAUCUAUUUCCACAUGUAGUUGUAUAUCAUGGCAUGAUGCAUGUAAAUGUAAAUAUGACCAAAAGUUCUACAAGUAAAUACUGAAUGAGUAUGACUCAUGUUUCAUGUACUGUAUGUUUUUAGAUUUACAUAAAUAUGUACACGACUGACAUGUGAAUUGUGC